AUUAAACCGUCACCAGGUGAGUUAGAGAUAUCCGUAAAUAACGUCACUCUCUGCCUGUAAACAUGUUAUGUCUCGUGACAUAAGACUCCUGUAGGCUUUGUCCGAUACAAAAACACUUGUCCUGUAUUUGACAGAUGGAUUAAUGUAAAAAUGUCAACGAAGGAAUAAUUAAACAGUUUAGUAGGUAUAACAUAAGAUGUGCUGAAAUUUGACAGUGCUUGCAUCGAUCAAAUGUUGAACAGCUAAACAUUGAGGAUACCUACAAACCGCGCCAGUUAAAAGGUGUAUGCGUAGAACCAUCCGGAAUGCCUUUGUAGCCAAUCUGACAUGUGUAUUUAAAAGGUAACAUAAGCGAUAUUUGACCUAAUUCAGAUUGUUAAAGCUGGGACGUCGCAGGUUGAGUGUCAUAGUCAUUUUUGAUGGUCAUUGACGGACUUUUACAAUUUAUAGGAUGCACGUGUUGUGAGUGUGACAGGGACGCUUGCACUUGCAGCGUUCAUUUCUCGUCUUAACAUACCUGUGGAGUUUUACCAGCUGUCCGUGGUGUAUAUUUUAUCUACGACGGAUUUUAGACCUUAGCACCUAUCUGAUGGAUAAUCCAGUGUUUACAGAUGACACAGAGCUGAAAAAAGACGAUGUUCGAAAGAGGACAAAUAGAUUACCUAAUGGCGACACCGAUGGAGAUAUCAAACCGGAAACGGUCAAGCUCAAGAAGCACGUGGGACUGGUCGGCGGAACUUCCUUUAUUGUCGGGACAAUCAUUGGGUCGGGGAUUUUCAUCUCCCCCAAAGGUGUUCUGUCGGAGACGGGAUCGGUGGGCCUCAGUCUCAUCGUCUGGGUCGGGGCGGGGUUAUUGGCUCUGAUGGGAUCACUGUGUUACGCGGAGCUGGGAACCCUUAUAAGGAAAUCUGGAGGCGAGUAUCAAUACAUAAAACAGUGUUUUGGAAAUAUCCCUGCGUUCAUGUAUGCUUGGACGUCGGUCAUCGUCAUCAGACCAUCCUCUAUGGCCAUCAUUUGCCUCACCUUCGGCGAGUACGUAGCCACAUUCUUUCCCUACUGCGGCAACCCAGACCUUCCAAUGAAACUGGUGGCAGCACUAGCCAUAAUGACUUUGGCCAUUAUUAACUGUGCUGACACUCGCCUAGCCACACACGUACAGGUGUUUUUCACGGUCGCCAAGCUAGUCGCUCUCCUCAUCAUCUCUAUCGGAGGCAUAGUCCGAAUGGCGCAAGGGGAUAUCAAGGAGCUUCAGCGUGGAUUUGAGGGGACCACAAAUUCGCCGUCUACAAUAGCACUGGCUUUCUAUGACGCUCUGUGGGCGUACGACGGUUGGAACAAUCUGAACUAUUUGACAGAAGAAAUAGAGAACCCCAAAAAGAAUUUACCUCGUGCCAAUAUAGCGGGUGUACUCCUCGUAACAGUUGUAUACCUCCUGACCAACAUAUCGUAUCUGACCGCUAUGACGUCAGCAGAAUUGUUGGCAUCAGACGCAGUGGCAGUGACUUGGGGUGACCGUGUUCUAGGAUCAGCCGCCAUUUUGAUGCCACUUUCCGUCCUCUUCUCCACUUUUGGUUCUGCGAACGGAACUUUGUUCUCCGGCGGCAGAGUUGUGUAUGUAGCAGCAAGAGAUGGAAUGCUACCAGAAAUGUUGUCAUAUGUUAACUGUAAACGGUACACCCCCGUACCGUCCAUUAUCUUCACGUCGAUAAUUUCUAUCGCCAUGAUUAUUCCGGGAAACCUUUCGGACCUGAUCGACUUCUUUAGCUUCACGGCCUGGAUCUUCUACGGUGUCACAGUCUCGUCGCUCAUUGUCUGCAGGUUUACAAUGAAAGACGCGGAGAGAGUGUUCAAGGUACCCCUACCUAUCCCCAUCUUGUUUGUUCUGUUGUCGCUGUAUCUCAUCAUCGGCCCUAUAAUACAAAGUCCCCGGAUCGAAUUCCUCUACGCCUUCCUUUUCAUCAUUGGCGGACUCAUCUUCUACGUCCCUCUUGUCUACUUCAAACUCAACAUUCCAUUCUGGGGAAAAAUAUCCACUUUUUCUCAACUGUUCUUUGAGUCAGUACCAAGUCCCUACAUACCCGAUGAGUAGGUCACGUGAUCCAGCCAAGGAGACGUCACAUGUACAAAUAAAGUUGUAAAAAUGUCAUUUAAAGGUCUAUUUAAUGCCUAUGUAAUUAUAGAAAAUAUAUGAAAACUGUCAUGUGCUUGAACAAACAUCGAAAUGUGUAUAAUAUAUUUUGUAUAAGUUGCCUGUUAGUUUGCAAUUUCAGAGUUCAUCAUAUUAUUGGAUAUAAAUUAUAACGAGAACACGCAUGCAGUACCCAUCACAGUACGUAAUGUUGGUAAUGCAUUAUCAUGCAUGUAUGAAUGCAAUUAGUAUUACGCGAGUAUUGCUAUAUACAUGUGCACAUUGGUAAUAAUGCAAGUGCAAUAUUGUAAGUAUUGAUACAAGAAAUAUGUUUGUGAGAUACUGGCAUUACGAUUUGUAGGUUUCUAUACAUCAUUGGUAUUAUAUUAUGUACAUUUUGCAUCUGCACCAUUGAUAAUGCUAUUGUAUUAUUUGCUAAGUAGAACAUUAAUACUAAUAAAACAUUACCCUGAAUGUAUGUAUAACAUGAUACUGGUACUAACGAUGAAUUACAUAUAUGUGUGGCAUUCGUGACUGACCGUAUAAAUGAUAUUUUGAUACGCAACUUUGAUAACAUAACUUUGAAUGCAUCACUUCCUACGGCAUCGAUACUCCAGGGGUUGCGCUAACUUACGCUCUCUGUGCCCCAGGAAUAUGUCAUAGCAAAUUCUAACCACCUUGUGAAUGCGACAAGAAGCUUACUGUACAUCAAAAUAAUAUCGCAGCCGCGUAACGGUUAAAUUGACUGGCUUUGAGGUUGGGUAUCGUAACUGGCUUUGAGGUCGGUUAACGUAACUGGCUUUGAGGUCGAGUCGCUCCUAUGUAAUCUUCAAAGGACAGGGAUCAGUCUAGCGAUUGGUCAGGUUUUCUUAAAACCUGACACCAAUCGAAUAGCUAGCCCUGUGCCUUUAAAUUUGCUAUGACAUAUUACAGUGCUGCAGAGAGCGUCCGAGAGCGUUAAUGAUGCACUUCCUGUAAAUGCAUUACUUUUUGUAUAGAACAUUGGAACUACAAAUGUGUGGCAUUGCAUCUGUAUUACAUUUACAUUCCGAAAUGCAUUACUUUGUGUGUAUAGCAAUGGUGCUGAGAAUGCAUUACUACUGUUUAAUAUGAUAUUUAAGGAUACCCGUACCACUGCCAAAAAAUUUACUUAGCAUUGGUCCCUGGUUUUCCCGGCAUGACCAUACCUUAAAUAAAUCAUUUCGGAAAUUAACACCAUAACAUGCAGAAUUUUAUGAGAAAUAAUAAAGAUGAAAUAAACAGCAUAUAAUCAACAACAGUGUUCUGGGUGUAAAAAAUCAGCGAGGCUGGACCAGCUUUCGAAUCCUGGACUUCAUAUCGCAUUGACCGAGUGAGCUGCCUGGUCUAUGGAAAUGUUUUUAUCCAAACGGAAGUUAAUUGGAGGCUGCUGUACAAAGGAACACCACAGUUCAGCUUUUGUGUUUUAUAGUUGCAAUUUAUGCAGCUACUACAAACUUAUAUUGUCUCUGAGAUAUUGCUGAUUUAACCUCUGAGGGCAACUUGUAUGUUUUAAUGUACUGUAUGCAGAGAUAUCUUAGUUGUUGUAUUUAUUAUAUAUAAUAUGUUACAACUCGGAGUGAAAUUUAAAAUGACUCCGGAACAUUUCAUUUUAACAUAACUAAGAUUAUUUGAUCAUUGUUAUACUAAUGUCAUUGUUUAUGAAAAAAAGAAGUCAUGUACAAAACAAUUUGAGAACUGUUAAUCUAUUGUAACAGUAUAAUUUGAUUUUCAUAGCUCUGAAAACUAUUUGGACUUAGUAAUGAACCUUGCGCAAGGACAGCGUGAAGAAAUAUCAUGCUUAAUAUUUCGGUUAUACCAAAGAAUUAAUUACUUUUAUGUGAUAACUCCUGUUUCGUUAAUUGGAGAAAUUCAUUAUUAUUAAUAUUUAUCUUAUGUCAAAAUGCCCGGAUAAAUGAUGUUCCGUAGAUGAUGUUUCCUGAGUGGUGUGUGUGUGUGUGUGUGUGUGUGUGCCUGAUUUCUAUUUCAAUCAUACCAAAUAAUUGGUAAUAUACAGAGUUACAAUAAAUGUGAUACUUCUACAACGCUAUAUGUUGUAGUUUGAGUGUCGGGCUUUGACCCACUGUUGAAGAUGUUGACCAUGGUAAAUUUAAAAAUAAAAUAAAAUGAUACAAUCAGA